GGACAUUGCGUAACCUGGUAGCCUUAUCUAAUUAUAGCAGCAUAGAAAGUGCAUCUUUAAUUCAAUGAUAAUGCUUUGUUUACUGUACCACGCUGCACAUUGCCUCUCGCACUCGAUUCACCGGCUAUCUAUUUUCGGCAAGCGACAUGUCUUUGUUUAAAUCUUUAAUUUUCAUCAAAGAGAAUUCCAAUUUUAAGUUGGUGUGAGUUUUGUACGAGCAAUUUCCUUUAUCCUGUAUUUGUCACAUCUUUCUCUGUUGUAUUUAACUUAUUGUUAGAAAUUUACAUAUAUCUUUCGAUACAUUUAUCCUAUAAAUAAUAUACCUUCUUUUAUUUUGCAUUUGUCACUUAGCUCCUUAGAAAUUGUUAAUUUAUGACACCGUAUAGAAGUAUGUAUGCGUGGAGUGUUUUUGUAAUUAACUGAUUUAUGUUUAUAUAUUUCAUUUUCGAACUUUUGCCAUAGUUAACAAUUUAUAUGAAUACAGCGAUUGGCUUCAAAUUCCUUUACACAUAAAUAAUGUAUAUGACUAAUAUAUUUAUGAAUAAAUUAUUUUCAUUGAUCACAAAUUUUUUGUUAUAGUAGAAUUUUCCUUCUUCAUACUUUAUUAUUUUACUUUGUCUGGAAUCAUUCAAGUAAGAAAAUGUUCGAUUAACCAGUGAAGAACGCUUCCAUUGCUUGCUGAUUAAUUCAAUGAUUACCUGCGAUCAUUAGCAUUGAACAAACUGGAAAAACCUGCUGAUAUAUUUUUACUACAUUACCAGAUCGUAAUGAAACACAUGAUCGGUGUAUCAGAAAUAUUAUCAUUGUACUCACAGAACAAUACUUUGGAAAGAUAUGUCCUAAACUGUAAUCUUAUCUUUUUUAUUUCGUUAUCGUUUGCGGUGCAGCUAAUCGGUAAUACACUGUUCAUAAUUAUUUACUUCAUAGACCAAUUCAUGUAUCAGAAGCAAAUCGUAGACGUUCAUAUUAUGUCUGCGAUUUUGUAAAAAUGAAAGUUGAUAGGUUUUCACAGUUUUAUAUAGAACAGUUUUAUCAUAUAUCCAAGGAGAGAUGAUGAUAGUAUUUGUUUAUGACACUGCAAGGUGUUGUAAAGAAGACGAUGAUCCUGCAGAGGCAGUUAUGUAUUUCCAUCCUGCGUGGGUGUCCCUUACCCAAAGGCUAGCUUUAGCGGGUCAACUAAUGGCUGUUAAUCAGUUCCUCUCUACUUCGUUUUCCCCUCCAAAAUCAAUUACAUUACAAGGAGGAAAAUUUGUAUUGAAGAAAUUUGGACAGUAUAUACUUGCAGUGGGGACUGAUAGGAAUAUUCAUGACUGGAUUUUAGAAAGGCGCGCGAACACCUUAGAAUCGUUAUUAAAAUUUUUUCACUGCGACUUGAAUAAGAUACUGGAAUCGUUUAACAACGAUAGAAACAAAUUUACUGAAAAACUUUAUCAAAUGUUCGAAACGUACUUGCCAAUACUUCAAUACAGUGCCAAUCUUUUCUCUAAUAUUCCAAUUAUUAAACUUCCAAAGAGUGCUAGCAACAUAUUUUUAGAAGCUAUUCAAGUUUUACAAUAUUUUCAAGAAACUCAUGGUAUUAUAGGUGGUGCACUCUUUUAUAAUAACAAGGUAGUUGCUACUCAAUUAAGUGCUGAAGUAACUAAACAAAUAGUUAUAACUGAUCCAUAUAGAAUAAAGGCUCCCGCGGAUAGGAUACCAACGGAAUUUCAUCUGCCUGUCGGAGUACAGUUAUUCCGAGUGUACAUAGAACAGAAACAGUUCACGAAACUUACACAAGAAGCAAAUAACGAACGAUACUACAGCUCUUAUUUCGAUUCUGUCUCUAAAAAGACAUUGCAGAGGAAGAGCAUGUCCAAGAAUAGUAAGGAACCUCCAUUGUCCGGAAUGAAACGCGACACUUCUCGUAUCUUCACUGUACCUGAAGAAGGAGAAUUAGAUUCGUUGCAAUACAACGAUAACAGCCACUACGUACCUUCCGUUCCACUUACAGCUUACAGUUCGCCGGUAAAACGUAAACAGGAAAGUAAAACAGACCGUCCGAAGUGCGCGAACCCUUUGACUCCUAGCGUUUGUUCGACGCCCUUAAAGGACAUUAAUAGGGUGCUGCACGGCAAUGUUAUGUUGAUAUGUAAUACAAACGAGGAAGCAAGUAACGAAACUGGCGAUGAAAAGAAAGAGGUAAAAACGAAUGUGGACGAUAUUCCGGAUGUGGUCAAGGAGGCUCUCAGAUGUAAACGUUUAAAUAAAUUAAGGAACGUUACACCGAAAGAGAAACUAGUUAAGCGGAGAGAAUUUAAUAAAAAAAGUUUAAGCGUGCACGAUUUAGAUUCGUCCAAUUUAUGCUCCAGCCGGAUAUCAGUAAGAAUGUAUGGAUUAGGUUUACCACAGUUAAAGAAUAGUAUAUCGCCCGAGGCUUCGCCUCAAAAGAAAUACUCACAGAAAAGACAGUUCCAUACGAUUACCGAUCCGUGUUAUCCCGUGUUUCGAUACGACGGAUUACCGGUAUCCCAAUCUUUGUACGAGCAAUACAUAUCUACCCAUUUCGAAGAGCUUAAAGACGGCGGAAAUGACAUAGUCAAUCCUAACGAAUUUCUAAUGAGUUUGACUAACGAUCGCAAAGCGACAAACGUAACGAACAACUGUGAUACUGUGACUAGAGAUAAUUUUGAAAAACCGAGCAUCUCUUGCGCGGUAAAAUUAGAUAAAUUCAAGCAAGAAACUUAUCGUAGAUCGAUGAGUCUUCCAUUGAAACCGUUAAAUGUCACUGAUAACGACGAUAGACGAAAAUCGGCAUCCGAAUGUGGUAACGUCUACGAUUUCUUACAAAAGAAGAAACUGGACGGUCUGCAAUUGACACCGCUCAUGUCCAAGCUCAGUUUACUCGCCGAUGAACGAACUAGUGGUUUUUGCAGCAGGGAAACCACCCCUAGCGAGUUUCGCGACUUAUCCGGCUUCUCGACGGCAACGAAUCAAAUGAUUAAGCAGAAAUUGGAAGCGGUUAAUAAAGAAACCGGUAGCGACGGCGAGGACGAACUCGAAGAAGACUGGGUGACUACUUCCAAGGACGAAGUUUGUCUUGAGAAAACAGAAUUAUUUCUUUGCGGACAUCAAAACAUGGUGCUAGUACUGUUAAUGGAAAACGGAACUGCCAAUAAUCCCGAUCUUAUACACACUCUCUGGAAAACUUGUGUGAGCACAUUAGGUAAACUUGAAACAAGGCUGCAGCAGUGCUUGGAACCUUUACCGUCGAACGAGAACAAAGAAUUGUAUAGUAUUUUAAGCGUCGAUCCUCAAUGGGAUACGAUAAAUCGUUCCGGACUCUGGGGCGUUACUGAAUUGGACAUUGUUUCUAGUCUACACGAUAGAUUCACACAUGCCAGCAAUCUCACAGAUAUCAUCGUCAGAACGGAGGAUACCGUUGUUUACGGUAAUCAGUGCGGGAACGUAGAGGUAUUUUAUCAACAAGCAGUGGCUCCGAACACGUCCGGAGGACUUCCGACUCCUGCAGAUUUAAUGGGAAUCGUAUCUCUUAAAGCGAAACGUAGACUGGAAAGGGAUCACGGAAUCGUAUUACUAUAAAUCGUACUUGUCCACGAAAAUUUCCGUCACGUUCAAGAUCGAAUCGUUUUUACUUAAUACUUUGUUCGUUUUCUAUGGCAUGCCAAAUUAACGAUAAUAUACAGCGUUUUGUACA